AUGAGCGAUGACAAUUUUCAGUCUCAUAGAUCCCAGACUAACGCCUGGAAUCAGCCAUUGGUGCCAAAAUCUGCUGCUUUAGAUGCUUCUUCCGCGAACUUUCCUCGUCAGACAGCUUCAAUUAAUAUCCUUUCCACUGGCAACAUUCCUUCGAGUGGAACUGAUAAUGACUUUUAUGUGUCUUCAUCUUCCACUGAGUGUUAUUCGUUGGAGAGUGGAUAUCACGUUGACCGAAAAGAUUUGCGUGAGAAAGCGGGCUUUAUUGAUGAAAUUAUGCAGUCUCUAUCUGAUGACAAAUUUGAUCAGGAAUUCUGUUCAAAGGCCUUCGAGAAGAAGGCUUUUAUUAUAGUAUAUGGCCUUUUGGUCAAUUAUUUGGAUCAAAGAAGGCCUUCUUCUGUAGGAAAGGCUAUUUCCCGGUGUCUCUCUUCUAAAUUGCUCACUUUAAAUGAUAUUAAGUGUGGCUUUCAACAUUUCCUAAAGGAUUGUAUACUUGACGAUAUCGCUACAGACGUGCCGUUCUUAUGGGACUAUCUUGCAGAGGUCCUCGAUAUCGUACUUUCUGCUAACUCCGAUGAUCUUUCCCUUCUUGACGCCAUUUUAUUUCCCCUCAAGCCGGAAAUGUGUCGACAGCUCUUCUCCCUAGACUCUGGUCAAUCUGGCGCCAAGUUUGCUGCCAAAACAUUGUCACUACUUGCCGCGCGAACGGAUGGUAACGACGCUCUGAUUAACCUUCUGGCUCGGUCAAGGCUUUCUUGGACGAGUCUUGGUUUGGCGCAGGAUCAAGUUUCGAGUUUUCUAUCUGGCUACCAUUUAGAUUUCCUUGCUUUUGCCCCGGUUACGUCUGCUUCCAUCCUGACGACACUUCCUACCUCGCUUGCAGGCUCUCGGCCCAGUUUUGGUUCUGUUCUUACUUCCUCAGCAUCUGGUGGCAGCAAUAGUGCCAGCAACAGUUCAAUGCGAAACGAAAAAUCAAAGGGACGACGUCCUUCAUCUCAAAAGCAAUAUGCAAGUGUAAAGUCAUUACAAUUUGCGUGUGCUCAUAGGCGAUUUAAAUAA